CUGCAGACCGCAUAGACUGACUCGAGGAUAUUCCUUGCUAUGGCCUCGUCACUGGUGGUUCCAAUAGCAGUUUGGCACAACUUUCCCAAUCUUCAUACAACAUGCUUAAUAUCUCGAUGGCCACACGUUUUUGCAGGUCAAAAUGACGGUACAAUCUGGGUGUUUUCCCUGUCAGCGGGCGACAAUGGCGAAUUCGAGCUCUCGUACAAAUUGCUACUCUUAGGCCACGGUACUCGUGUUGUAGCAAUGUGCUUGGCUACCACGGAGACCGACUCUGUUUCAAAAACCGAUGAUGUCCUGAUAAGCGCCUCUGAAGACGGCCAAAUCAUUCGCUGGAAUGCAGCUGAUGGUCGCUGUCUAGCUGCUAACGGCCAAGGGUUCUUUGGUAUUCCGCGUAGUCUCCACGUUCGCAGUAAUGUUACAAACGAUGAGCCACAUAAGUUUGUGUUCUGCUGUGGAUUUGAAAAUGAAAUCACCAUCAUGGACGCCAACACGCUGAAGGUUGUCCGAGUAUGGGGCGGGCACGAGGACUGGGUGACAUGUACUAUGUUUCAUGAUUCAGAAACCAACAAUAUACGACUUCUCACGUACGUUCACAACGGGACAAUGGCGGUAUGGUUCUUUGACAAGGAAAAGAAGGUCAUUUCUAAGGAGCAUAAAUACGAUAACCUCACUUUGGCUGGCUUGGAAGGGAAUAUCAUUACGUUGCGAAAUCAUCCAGCACAGCCUGAUGUUUUCUUGGCUAUUUCCACGAAAACUGCCAUCAUUUUCCAAUUAAGCAAAUCAGAAGCCAUCCCGCAUAUAUCCCUCAAAGCAGAAGGCGAAUCUCAAUUUUCAAGCGGAGGCUUCAUCGGUGAAAGUAUUCUGUACUUGAGCACAACGGAUGGAUGUAUAUGUACAUAUGAAAUCAAAGCUCCGGAAGGUGUGGGUGCCGGCAAUAUCGUCACCAGUGAGGGUCAAUUGUAUUAUAGUUCUCAAUUGUUGGAUAAAUACGUAGUUGAAAACGAUGCGUCCCCUCUACAAUUGGGUUGCAUGGCCUGUGUUGUACAAGUCCCACACGAAAAACUUAGCGAUAAUGUAAUAUUACAAAUAUCAUUCUAUAAUCAUAGCAAGCAAUCAGCUUUCCUAGUGAGAAGCAUCCACAGGAACGUUCAAAAUCAAAGCGAAAGGUCUUUGGAGGCAAAAGAAUGUGCGCGUGCUACUUGUGAUAGCUUGUGGCCCAUACCGCCAAAAAACAAAAGUCAUUCUUUUGGAAAUGUCAUUGCCACUAUCAAUAUCAACGACAAGCACUUUGCUAUUGGGUUUGAUUCCGGUACCAUAGUAGUCCUUCCGUUGUCUUUGGCUUUGAUGCACUUGGCAUCAAUAGACACGCUUCUCCAAGACAAGUAUGGAGAUAAACACCAGGUGAUCCGGCACGCUCACCAUGGCAAGGUGACAAGCCUAUAUGCUCCAGAUGAAAAGGUGUUUGGCACUUCGCGCCUUAUCUCUGGCGGCCAAGAUGGUGCUGUCAAGAUAUGGAACAUUGAGGACGGCAAAUUGGUUGCUACAUUUACAGUACAUGCUCUUCCUGUGAAGGAAUUCAUUGAACCGGCAGAACAAGUUGGACCAAGACUUCGUGGAUGUAUAGUUUCUAUCGCCAUGGACAACUCCGCUGCGCUCAUUUCCCUUGAAGAGAUGAAUUGUCUGUACAUUAUACCAGGAUACCCGUAUUCCAUUAAAUGCAUCCAGUGGCGAAAUACUGAGGAUUAUCUUAUAAUUGCUUAUCAAGAUGACACGGCUCUGGUGUGGCAGAUGCAAACUGCCCAUUUGGAUCGCAAACUUACUGGCUCAACCGCGACCAAUGUCCUUGCGGAUGCUCGUUGGCCACUCAGCCAGGUCAAUAAUAUACUCAAUGACAGACCAACUACGUUCAAGCGGAUGUGCACGACAUUUUCUGUCUCGUCUUCAAACAACAGAAAUGCCAGAGUACCUUUUAUUCAAGUAUUUGCCGUUAAUCUGCGACAUUUAGUGAGCAACAUGAGAUCAGAUGCAAAAAAUGCGCUACAGUCCAGUACAUCUAACGGAACGACGGGAAACCUCAGUCUGAGCGUAGACGAUAGUCACAUUGCUGACCUCGUACCAGACGACACGCAAUCGGUAGAUUGGAAUACGGCAAAAGAUUCAGUGCGUGCUCAACUGUAUGCGACCAUUGUUUCUGCGUUAAUGUCUUGGGGAAUAGACGAAAAGCUCGAGAAUACCUGCGUCGACAGGCUUGGCUUACAAAGAUUGGGACCAGAAGUCACCGUUGGACUUCGAGGUGUUGAAGGCAACUUCUCUUUCAUGAUUCCAAGUAAAGAUGAAACCACGUAUUGGAAGACAUCGCCUAUUCUUACUGCAUCAAGACUAAUGGCAGUUGUGACACUGGUUCGAUCAAUGCUAAGCGUUUCAGGGUUAGAGGACCUCUCUAUUGAACUUAUGACCCACUAUACCACGCUCCUUCCUGAUAGGAUUGGGUCCGGUUAUUGUUUCCCAUCUUUCUUGUUCCUUAGCAAAUAUUGGCAAGAUACUUCUGCACGAGCUUUGUUUGCCAGUGCACUUUGCCAGAUGAAGGAUGAUGAAAAGAAAGCGGUCAUAGAAUACUGGGAGCGUUUCUUACCAACCUCCAGUGACAUCGAGUCUGUCGGACAACAAGUCAUGGCUCGUGCGACAAUUAUUCUGGCUAUAAUUGGCUCUAACAAUCCUGAGGCUCUUGCACCUGAAACAAGAAAGGAAACAGCCCUUUCACUGACGUUGUUACUAUCAGAUACUGAGCAGGAUAUUAGUGAAUCGAAAGAGAAUACAACAUCGCAUGGAUCUAUUUCACAAGUUGUAGCAGCACGACUGACUGCAUCCAUGGAGUUACUCUCAGAAGGAUUUUCCACUUGGGAAGUUUACAUCAAGUCAUCCGAAGUUCUGAGAACACUUUUUAUGUAUGCAGGAGACAGUCAAGCGUCGUCUUUACAGAUCAACCGCACUGCUCGUACUGCUAUAUUCCACAUUGCCAAUUCUCAUAUGCCAUUGGUGAUAGGGACCUUGACAUAUGAUAUGAUGAAUGCACAGAAAAUGGAAGAUAGACUGGCUUGCAUGAAAGUCAUCAACAUGUUUGCUCGCAAGAGACCACAGCUACUAUUUUCAAGUAUACCGCGCGUGGUGGAGGCUGUUGUGAAGACACUAGAUCCAAAUGUUCCUAAUGUUCGCGACUCUGUCAUACAGCCAGCCACAUCCAUUCUUCAUGAACUGGUUCGAACGUAUCCAUUUGUAGACUUUCAUAGCGCUUCCCAAAAACUUGCUGUUGGUACACCAGAAGGAGCUUCUAUCAUUUACGAUCUUCGCACAGCUACGCGUUGUCUUGUGCUUGAGGGUCAUACUGCAACUGUCAUCGCACUUGCCUUUUCACCUGAUGGUAAAUGGAUAAUAACCUGCUCGCUGCAUGAUGCAAACGUGUUCAUUUGGCAUGCCAAUCCUGGUAUAUUUGGUAUUCUUGCCAACAGUCUCUCCAGCGUCACAGGAGGAGGUUCCAAGAAGAACAGUGAGAGACGACCGUCUGCGGGUUCUUCACAAAAACCUUACAAAGCAUUCAACUUUGCACUCACCAACCCGGAGCAAGCCAACAUGACGCCGACACAACAAUUGCGAGACGUCGAAUUUGUCUGGUCAACGAACAAAAAUGUCAAACUUCGAAUCCACGAACUAGUAAUGCGGUUUAACGUUUGAGAUUUCUAUUAAGAGGACACUUGAUUAAAAGAAAAAAAAAUCCUAUCAUGUACAUUCUAUUGUAUUUUAACUGUAUAUUCGGAGUGAGGGGCAUCCAAGACAUACGUUGUCUGGUCUGCUUGACCAACCAAAAUUCCAUUUUCACUACUUCCACCGAAAACAUUGGAUGUUGUUGAGUUCACAUCUGGUUUAAACGAGUUGUUUCCGAUAUAAGUGGUAUCCUUUUCUGCCACCGUACAAACUAUUUGUUCGCCAU